AUGGAACGAAGGUUGCUAGAAGCAACCCAGAAGGGCUAUAUCAAAGAGCUAAAUGACUUGAUCAGAAGCAAUGGGCUCGUCCUCGAGGAGAUGGCUCUUGAAGGAGCCAGUCACACCUCGUUGCACGUAGCUAGUGUGGCUGGCCAUUUGGAUUUUGUCCGAGAGCUCCUGAAGUUGAUGCCAGAGUUUGUGGAAAAAGUGAACGCAUAUGGUUUAGGUCUGUUGCACAUCGCGGUAGUUCGAGGUGAUGUUGAGAUUGCAAGGGAGCUCCUGAGAGUGGGUCAACACCUAUGCUCUGUGAAGGGACGAGAGAGAAUAAACCCUUUGCAUUGUGCCGUCAUAAAUGGGGAGCUCGAUGUCAUGAAGGUGCAGCUCUCCGCUUCAUCUGAGUCUGUCAAAGAGAUAACUGUUAGGGAGGAGACUAUGCUUCACCUCGCUAUGAAGAACAAUAGGUUUGAUGCGGUCAUUUUGUUGGUGGAGCAUCUGAAGCAGCACAAGGAGUAUGUCAAAAUCGGUAGGACCACAAAGGUUGAGCUUGAGUCGGCUGCUGCUCCACAAUUGGAAGUGUCGUGGAUUGAUUUUGAGCCUACGAGUGUUGAGGUGUUGCUUCUCCAAUCGAUUGAUUACCGGUGGCAGAGGCGCUAUCUUGCAGGGAGGCCAUGGAAAGAGUUGCAGGUGGUCGACUUCCUACUUCGUGAGCAUGUUGUGGAGCCCGAGGUUGUGGAUGUGAACGCCUUGAACAGUAGUGGCUUAACGCCUCUAGAUGUCUAUGCUCUGUCGCAAAGGGGAGCAGGAGACAGAGAGAUCAGAGAAAUUCUUGCACGAGCUGGAGGAAGGUCAAACUCGCCCGCUUCAAGACUAGUCUUAGUGGACGACAACGAUGUCGAGGGAGGUAACAGUCAUCUAUCACAUGAGGAACCAGUCCUAAAUGCUCCUCAAUCAUUAUCCUGUUCGACGCCAAAAAUUUCAAACAAAGAUGGUGGAGAGUCGCGGGGCAAGAUUGAGGCCUUAUUAAUUGUUGCUGCGCUCAUCACCAACGUGACCUAUCAAUCAGUGCUAUAG